AUGGGCAGUCACGGCCUGCGGGGGGUCCGUGUGGAGCUGGGGUCAACGUGGACUUCGGCCAUCCACGGCUUCCCGGAGACGGAGAAGACGCGCUGGUCGGAGGCGAGCAGGACCAUCCUGCGGCGGGUGCAGGAGGCCGCCUUCGGCCCAGGCCAGGCCCUGCUGCCCGGGGUGCACGUGCUGGACCUGGAACCGAGGGGCUACAUCAAGCCGCACGUCGACAGCGUCAAGUUCUGUGGAGCCACCAUCGCUGGCCUGUCCCUGCUGUCCCCAAGUGUCAUGAGGCUGUUGCAUACCCAGGACCCCGCAGAGUGGUUGGAACUCUUGCUGGAGCCCGGUUCCCUCUACAUCCUAAGGGGCUCCGCCCGGUAUGACUUCUCCCACGAGAUCCUCCGGGAUGAAGACUCUUUUUUCGGUGAACGCCGGAUUCCCCGGGGCCGACGCAUCUCUGUGAUCUGCCGUGCACCCCCUGAGAUGGGCUGUAAGUUUCUAUGCAAGGAGGCUGUCUCCUCUUAG